AUGAUGAGCUUGAGACGAUUCUUUUUUUUAUUCUUAACAGUUUAUACGACACAUUCAGUUUUUGCUGAUAGCUGGGAUACAUCGAGAGCGGUGGAUUAUUUAAGUCAGAAACAGGAAUAUACCUCUACGUUCUUCAACUGGAACUAUUUUAAUCAAUAUCAUACUUCUUCGAACUUCAAUUUCAACAAUUUUAAUCAACAUCCAACCUCUGCAUCUGUCCGUUGGAACAAUUUGAAUCAAUAUCCUAACUCUGCAUCCGUCAAUAGGAACAAUUUUGAUCAACAUCUUACCUCUGAGUUUGCUGAUAGGAUCAAUUUCAAUCAACAUCCUAACUCUGCAUCCGUCAAUAGGAACAAUUUUAAUCAACAUCCAAACUCUGCGUUUAUCAACAGAAACAAUUUAAAUCAAUAUCCUAACUCUGCAUCCGUCAAUAGGAACUAUUUUAAUCCAUAUCCGAACUCUGUAUCCGUCAAUAGGAACAAUUUUAAUCAAAAUACAGCCUCUGCAUUCAUCGAUAGGAAUAAUGUGAAUCCAAAUCCUAUCUCUGCGUCCGUCAAUAGGAACAAUGUUAAGCAAAAUCCAUCCAUCCCGCCGGCCUUAAGUAGUAUUUCAAAUGAUAGAUCCAUGAAACAACAGCUAUCGAAAGAGGGUGCAUCGAUUUCUGAUUCUGAUGAUGAUCCCUGUAAUUAUAAAGAUUUGGCAAAGCCAAAUUUCAACACACCUGGACGAAGAAUUAGCGAGUCGAAAUGCUAUGAAUAUGUUUGGGAAAUACAAAACCGUCUAUAUAAAUCUAAAAGACUAGAUGCAUGCAUAGCUCAAGAAAACGCAAAACCUAAUGGGAGAAGGUUUGUAAUAUCUGGACGAAAUUCGAAAGACGGCGAAUUUCCCCACAUGGGAGCCGUAGGCUGGAGGGCAGUAAAAGGCACAUGGAUAUUUUUAUGCGGCAGUUCUUUGAUAAGUUCAAAAUUUAUGCUCACUGCAGCUCAUUGUUCCCAAGUAUCGUCAAGGUAUGCCGGGGUAGCGAACAGGAAACCGGAGAUCGUACGAUUGGGCGACAUAAAUAUUAUUGAUGUGGCCGUGAAUGGGGAAAAGCCAAUUGUUGCCAAUAUUACGAGAAUUAUCGUACAUCCCCAAUAUGCUCCUCCAAAAAAGUACUUUGACAUAGCCAUUAUACAACUCCAGAGAGAUGUUUCUUUUAGUAUAAACAUAUUACCCGCUUGCCUCUGGACCAACUUUGAUACCAGAUCUCUUGGGAGAAGAGCCACAUUGACCGGAUGGGGUGUAAUAGAAACGGCGACCCUAAAAACGUCUCCUGUACUACAAGCUGCAGAAAUUAACAUAUUGAGCUCAGAUGUAUGCGAUAGUUUACUUAAGCCUUCUUGCAAUCGAUUAUGGUGUGGUAUGUCGGAGAAUCAAAUGUGCGCAGGCAACUUAAGUGGUGGAGUUGAUACGUGUCAGGGUGAUUCCGGAGGGCCGUUACAAGUUAAGAUACCUUUGCCUUAUAAGGGUGUAGGAUUGCUGUAUUACAUAAUAGGAGUAACAUCAUUUGGCAUUGGAUGCGCUCGCGCCAACACUCCAGGGGUGUACACUCGAGUGUCGAGCUACAUAGAUUGGAUAGAGAACGUUGUGUGGCGUAGUACGGCG